AUGGUGGUAAUGGGCCAACAAUCGCUCCGGAUAGCCCUGGACUCGUUGCCGGCGCACGUAGUUGAAUUAGAUGACUGGAAGGGAGUCAAGGCGCGGGAAGAGAGGCGACGGAUUCAGAAUCGCGUGAACCAGAGGGCUGCGAACUCACAGAAAAUUGCAGGAAAUCGCAAGCGGGCUGGCGCAAAACAUGAGCAACUAGAGUCUUCUCAGCGCGGCCUCAAGUCUUUCAGCAACCAAAUGCCCUCGAGGGCUGUAAUCAGAGCAGAAUCGAGCCCUGCCGUGCUCAAGCACCAAGGACCUAAUUUCUGGCAAAUGUUCUACGCCGCCAUGAAAUCAGUCCCUACUGACCGCUCCAGGCUCAUCAACUUUACUCAACACAUUGUAUUUCACUCGGAGGAUAUCCAGAAAGAUGUCAGAAAUUUCGAAAACUGGAUGUAUCUAUUAAUUGGCUCACCUGGCAGAGACUGCCUGUUCACCUUGGUACAAUUCAACGUCUUCCGAUCCAUGGUGAGCAAUGAGAGAGACCUGGGCCUCCCGGAAGCAUGCGCGCUGGACGAUGACUCCAUAUCGCCAAUUUCAGAUGCAAGCUACGUAGCGCAGGACAUGCCGCCCUCAUUGCGGCCGACCCUGCUACAGAGGACGGUGACUCAUCAUCCUUGGAUCGACCUUUUGCCGUUCCCCAACAUGCGGGACAACCUGCUCCUGGCGGAUGAUCAAUAUGAUGAAUUGGCGCUCUGUACGGCAAUCCUGGGCUGCAACGCGGACUCGGGUGGGAAAACCGGGAUGAUUGUCUGGGGGGAGGCCUGGAAUCCCGCGGGAUGGGAAUUCACUGAGGAAUUCAUCCGUGAGUGGGCGUGGACCCUGGAAGGGUGCGACGAGUUCUUGGCGUCGACGAAUUCCUGGCGUCACCGGAGGGGCAAAGGGGCUCUAAAGUUGUGA